UGAACUAGCACAACACAGCUGUAGGGGUUUCUGGCAGGACGUGGCGUAGGAGAUAAUUGGUUUUGUAACUUUGUUACACAGAGGGCUGAAAAUCUAUCUUUUCAUCUGUUAGUUUAGCUUACAUUUGUUGGCGUUAACAACAGUUGGUUGGAGAGGUUUCUUUUCUAACCAUCUGGAAGAACAGGAAAUGCCUACUGUUAGUAGGUAUAUGAGUUUUCGUUCAUCAAAGCGAUUGAAAGUCAGCAGCAGCUACCCAGUGGAGAGUGGUGGGCUGCCAGUCAAACCCAAGAAAAGCAGGAACAGCCAGAGCAAUGGCGCCAUCAAGAAGACUGAGGCGAAGAAAGCCUUGAGUUUAGAGACUGCUCAGCUCGAGCUCCAGCAGCAGCACAAAACCCUCAGCAGACAAAUCGCUGUCAGAUCGGAGACAUUUGAUGGUGACAACAAAGGGUUCGAGAGAACAGAAGGCACUGGCAUGCAAAGUAGUUUCACAAAGCACAACAAAACAUUCCACAAGUUGUUUCCAGACAUUCCUGAGGGAGAAGACUUGAUACAUGCAUACAUCUGUGCUCUGCAGAGAGAAGUGCCGUAUCAUGGUCGCCUCUACAUCACCGACACCCACGCCUGUUUCUAUUCCUCAGUUCUGCUGAAAGACACUAAGGUUGUCAUUCCGGUUUCCUCCAUCCACAUGGUGAAGAAACAGAAAACAGCUCUGCUGGUACCAAAUGCCUUGUCUCUUCGUACCUCAGAAGGAGAGAAGUACGUAUUUGUGUCGCUGAGGAACAGGGAAUCGUGUUACCAGUUGCUUCGCUCCGUCUGCCCUCAGAUAGAGGACGGCAGCACCAACAGUAGUCCUCGCUUUUCCUCAGGAGAAAACAGCUUUGAUAAAAUCAAACACGUGAACUCCAGCCAGUCCAGCUUGGAUGACAGCUUGGAUGGUUCUGAAACUCAGUCCUUACAGAACCAACCUCUGCAGAGAGCUCACCGAGUAGAAGCAGUGCCUCAUGGAAACGGUUCAGGUUUCAGCAGUCAGCAGACUGACAGCUCAUCUUCUGAGGAGCUCUCUGAGUCAGGUGGAUCAUGGAUGUGGAGUGUGACUGAAAAAGCCAAGUCUCUGCUGGUUCAGAGAGAGUUCAGCACCCUCAACACUCUUCUCUUUAUUUACUUGAUUUUGGUGGUACUGCUGCUGCUGUCUUCGGGUUACAUCGGUCUCCGUAUCGUGGCUCUAGAGGAACAGCUUACGUCCCUCGGUGCUCUGCCAGAGUUCACCUUACAGAGCGGGUAUAACAAAAACACAUAAUCCUCAGUGACGGGAGGAGAGACGGGCGGACUUGUGAUUGGAAGAUGACUUCAGCCUCUCCGCAGCUGAACUUGAAGGGCCAACUUUAACGUACUCAGACUCUGCUCCCAACAUGGCCGGCGCUGUUACGUAGAGGAAGAGCAGCAACCUCGUGCAAUUUCAGAGUGGCUAACUUGAACAGCUCUUCUUCUUCCAAGUGCAGUAAAUAAACGGGCGUGUUGUAGCCUCAUCACUCAGA